AUGGAAAUGCUGACUGAUUUACAGAUCGUAGCUAUCAUUGUGACAGGUGUAACAGCUGCGUUACUGAUCCUAGCAGCUCGUGUCCUCAUGCCACAGAAGACGGAUGACGUGGACGAGUCGUUACAGGCGAUGAUCAAUGGCUUUGAUUUUGCUUUACCCGAUGAAAUUGAGCAAUACCGUCAGGGUAAAUUGGAUCACCCGGAAGAUAAGGAUCUGUGUUUUCAGCUCUUGUUUCGUCGUGCUGUGGCUGAUAUUCCAUUGAUUCGAAAGAUUCAAUCGGAAAGCUCAGGCAUUCAACGUCUAAAGAAGAAUGAUAUUCUUAAAGACAGUUCAUUUCUUAGUUAUAAAUUGGCCGAAGAGAUGAUUAAUGAAGAGAUUAAUGACGUACGUCGAGAAGCGGAAGAGCUCAAACCAGGUGAGGGCUGGCCAGACAAGAUUUUUCCUCAGGCCGUGCAGUUUAUGAACCAAGUGGCUGAACAACAAAUGGAAGCACAGCGGAAAGCGGCAGAGGAACAGGUAAAGGUCAUGCAGGCAGCACGUGCCAAGACGAUGGCACAAGCGGAAGCUGCAGAAACUGCUAUUAAGAACAUUGAGGCGAAAAAGGCAGGCAAUGAUAGUGAAGACCUGACGCUGCGGAAGAGGAAGUAA